GGCUUCGUCAUCCCCGUCGUCCGCUCGGAUGGGGGAGAAGAGACGGCAGACUCCGGCAGUGUCCCCGGCUGCUGAGCGGCUUCGGAACAUCCUGGGGGAAGAGGAUGAGGGCCCCAACCCCACCCUGUUCACGGAGAUGGACACCCUGCAGCACGACGGCGACCAGAUGGAGUGGAAAGAGUCCGCCCGGUGGGUGAAAUUCGAAGAGAAGGUGGAAGAAGGAGGAGAGCGUUGGAGCAAGCCCCAUGUCUCCAGCCUGUCUCUGCACAGCCUCUUCGAGCUGCGAGCCUGUCUCCAAACGGGAACCGUGUUACUCGACCUAAAUGGCUAUUCCUUACCUCAGAUCAUAGAUGAUGUCAUCGAGAAGCAGAUUGAGGACGGGCUCCUCAAGCCAGACCUGAGGGACAAGGUCAGCUACGUCCUCCUGAGGAAACACCGCCACCAGACCAAGAAGCCCAUCCACCGCUCCUUAGUGGACAUCGGCAAGUCCGUGUCGUCCGGCACCAACCGCAGUCCGACCCGCAUCCCUCCUGCUGCAACCAAUCUACGCCGUUCCACCGAGGACCUGAGGAUCAGGCAGAAAGCAAACUACGGACGUCUGCGCCACGCGCAGAGCCGGAGCAUGAACGACAUUUCCGUCCUUCCCAACACGGAUCAGCUGAGGAACAAGUUCAUGAAGAAAAUCCCGAAGGACGCGGAGGCCUCCAACGUGCUGGUGGGCGAGGUGGCCUUCCUGGACCAGCCCGUGGUGGCAUUCGUCCGCCUGGUCCAGUCCAUCCUGCUGGGCGGGGUGACCGAGGUGCCCGUACCCACCCGCUUCCUGUUCAUCCUGCUGGGACCAGCCGGGAAAGCCAAGUCCUACAACGAGAUCGGAAGAGCCAUCGCGGCUCUCAUGGUGGACGAGUUGUUCAGUGACGUGGCCUACAGAGCCCGCACCCGCGAAGACCUGAUCGCGGGCGUGGACGAGUUCCUGGACGAGGUCAUCGUCCUGCCGCCCGGAGAGUGGGACCCCAACAUCCGCAUCGAACCCCCAAAGAAGGUGACCUCCACCGACAAGAGGAAAUCAGUGCUCCCACUCCACGAGCUGGGCCAGAUGAAUGGCUCGGUGGGAGGGGGCGGAGGGGCAGGGACCAUGGGCAGCCCCGGGGGCGAAGAUGGAGAGAUGCCCGCCACGCACGAGGUCGGCGAGGAGCUCCUGUGGACUGGACGGUUCUGCGGUGGCCUGUUGCUAGACAUUAAGAGGAAGUGGCCCUGGUUCCCCAGCGACUUCUCCGACGGUUUCCACCUGCAGUCGGUGUCGGCGGUCCUCUUCAUCUACCUGGGCUGCAUCACCAACGCCAUCACCUUCGGCGGCCUCUUGGGAGACGCCACUGACAACUACCAGGGAGUGAUGGAGAGCUUCCUGGGCACGGCCAUGGCCGGCUCCGUCUUCUGCCUGUUCGCCGGGCAACCCCUCAUCAUCCUCAGCAGCACGGGCCCCAUCCUCAUUUUCGAGAAGCUCCUCUUCGACUUCAGCAAGCGCAACGGGAUCGACUACAUGGAAUUCCGGCUCUGGAUCGGCCUGCACGCGGCCCUUCAGUGCCUGGCUCUGGUAGCGGCCGACGCCAGCUUCAUCGUCCAGUACAUCACUCGCUUCACCGAGGAGGGCUUCUCCUCCCUCAUCAGCUUCAUCUUCAUCUACGACGCCGUCAAGAAGAUGGUCGGGGCCUUCCAGUAUUUCCCCCUCAACAGGGGCUUCAGGCCCGACGACGUCACCACCUACAGAUGCCAGUGCGUGGCCCCGGACGCAGUGAACACGACAACGUUCAACGCUUCAGCUCCGCUGACGCCCAACAUCACUAACAGUUCUCUGUCUGAUCCCGUCAACCUGACAGCUCUGGACUGGAGCCUGCUGAGCAAGAAGGAAUGUCUCAAGUAUGGCGGGAAUCUCCUGGGCCCAUCCUGCAGAUUCGUCCCCGACUUGGCCCUCAUGUCCUUCAUCCUCUUCUUCGGGACCUACUCCAUGACGCUCACCCUGAAGAAAUUCAAAUCCAGCCGCUAUUUUCCCACCAAGAUCCGAGCCCUGGUCGCCGAUUUUUCCAUCGUCUUCUCCAUCCUGAUAUUCUGUGGGAUCGAUGCUGGUUUUGGAUUGGAGACCCCCAAGCUGCACGUCCCCAGUGUCAUCAAGCCCACCCGCCUGGACCGGGGCUGGCUCAUCUUCCCGUUUGGGAAGAACCCGUGGUGGAUUUACCCAGCCAGCGCCCUGCCAGCCCUCCUGGUGACCAUCCUCGUCUUCAUGGACCAGCAGAUCACCGCGGUCAUCGUCAACAGAAAGGAGAACAAGCUCAGGAAAGCGUCGGGCUACCACCUGGACCUGCUGUGGGUGGCCCUGCUGCUGGGCGUCUGCUCCUUCCUGGGCUUGCCCUGGUACGUGGCCGCCACCGUCAUCUCCAUCGCCCACAUCGACAGCCUCAAGAUGGAAACCGAGACCAGCGCGCCCGGGGAGCAGCCGCAGUUCCUGGGCGUCAGGGAGCAGAGAGUGACAGGCCUCAUCGUCUUCAUCCUCACCGGGACCUCCGUCUUCCUGGCUCCCGUCCUGAAGUAUAUUCCGAUGCCGGUGCUCUACGGUGUGUUCCUCUACAUGGGGGUGGCGUCUCUCAAUGGCAUCCAGUUCUGGGAUCGUUGCAAGCUGUUCCUGAUGCCCGCCAAGCACCAGCCGGAUUACGCCUUCCUCCGCCACGUGCCGCUGAGGAGGGUUCACCUCUUCACCGUGGUGCAGGCCCUCUGCCUGGCCGUCCUCUGGGCCCUCAAGUCCACCGUGGCCGCCAUCGUCUUCCCCGUCAUGAUCCUGGGCCUGAUCGUCGUGCGGAAGAUGUUGGACCUCCUCUUCUCGCAGCACGACCUCGCCUGGGUGGACAACAUCAUCCCCGAGAGGGAGAAGAAGAAGGAGCGGGGUCCGCGGACCCCCGGCCGCGACGAGGAGGAUGCAGUCCGCGGGACCAAGAGGAGGAGGAGGAGGAGGAGGAGGGCGGCUCAGGACGCCACGCUGGCCCGGGGCCGGGCUGAGCCCCAGGUCCCUCCUCCCUCAGUCAUAAAGAUCCCCAUGGACCUUGCCCAGACAGACCCCCAAAACGGUAUCCACUGUUUCGCCAGAAAGAGAUCUUCCAGUUGGAGUUACCCUCUCUGAUUUCUCCCGCAGCGACUCCGAUCAGGAUCACAGCAUCACCCUGCACCUGAAGAUCUCCUGCCCGCCCUCCCCCGCCUUCAGCCACCCCCGGAGUCCAGCCUGCGCCGCCUCCGCCGCCGCCCUGCCGCACGUCAGGAUAGAAGUGGUGGAGUCCGACUACUACGACACGGACCUGGGCGCCGAGACCACCCUGUAGCCGCCCCCGGCCUGAGACCCGGAGCAUGCGCACACCCGUGCCUCCCUCCCGCCAAACGUGAGGCGUGCGCAUACACUCCCGCGCCCCGUCCGGUGGGCGACCUGCGGACUGACGCUUUCCCUCGCCCAUACCCCGAUGACGCAUGCGCACACACACCCUCUCAGCCCCAACGUGAAGCACGCGGCCACGCGCCCUUUCCCCAAGCCCUCCGCGAGGCACGCGCAUACGCGCUUCCCCCGCCCCGUCCAACUGUCUCAGUGAAGGGCAUGCGCAAAGGCGCUCACCGCGCCCAACCUCCCAGCUUGUACGCAUGCGCAAGCACGCUUUCUCCCCCGCACCUCCCAGCGUGGAGCAUGCGCACACACAUUCCCGCGUCCCACCUCCCGCGUGGGGCAUGCGCAUAAGCGCUCUCCCCGCCCCGUCCACCUGUCUCAGCGGGGGGCAUGCGCAAACGCGCUCCCCGAGCCCAACCUCCCACUGUACGCAUGCGCAAGCGUGCUUUCCCUCACCCCCACGCCUCCCAGCGUGGGGCAUGCGCAUAAGCGCUCCUCCACCCCCUCCCAGCAUGGAGCAUGCGCACACACGCUUUCCCUUUUCCCACCUCCCAGCGUGGAGCAUGCGCGCACCCACACCAACUCCAGCAUGGAGCAUGCGCAAACGUGCUCCCCCGUCACCCAGCACACACACACCCUCUCAGCCCCAACGUGAGGGCCACGCGCCCUUUCCCCAAGCCC